AUGAACACCUCUGUGCCCAGCAGCCAACUGAGACAGCCCGAGCCCCAGGAUGCGGCCACCUUCACUCCCAUCUCCGUUGUCAGGAGCGUGGCAAAGAAGUCCGAUGCCCUGCCCAUGAUCUCAGUGAUUGUCAUCAUCUUUGUCCUCUUGGCUGUCUUCAUCAUCAUUGUGGUGCACUAUGGCCCUCACCUCCGCACCGUCCAGGUCACCCUCUACCACGAGCCCAUGCCGCAGGACCUGGACAACGGAGUGCACCUCAUGGACUGGAAGAAGCUGGGCUCCCAGAAGAAGCUGCCUGCCCAGCCCUGCCAGCAAGAACCACCCAGCGUGGAUGCAGCCGGCAUGAGCUGCCAGUGUUCCUGCAAGCAUCACCUUCCCUGUGGAAGUGCUGAGCCCAACGUCAUCGAGAUCACAUACCUGUGA